AUGGGAGGAACAGAAUCUGCACAUCGUUCUCGCGUAUUCGAGGAAUACAAGGUCGUUUUGCCAAAUGAUGCAGAUGUGUGGGAUUAUUCUCAAUACAUUUCCUUUUUGAAGAAGGAAAUUAAGGAAAAAAAAUGGAAAGAUAAUAAAUAUAGAACGUUGUAUGAAAAAAAAAAAACUUGGAAAGUACAAAAAGAUGAAGUAGAUGAAAUAUGUGCUUGGGAAGAAAUACAAAAAGAAAUAUUUCAAGCAGUUAUGGAAAAAUAUUCAUAUACGCCUUAUAAAUGGGAAGAUGAAGCGAAAGGACUAAUAGAAAAAGAACGUAAUCAGCAUUUUAAUAAAGAAACAUGUGAUAAAUUUAAUCAUACAUUAAACGAAGAAAGUGGAAUUAUUAAGGACGUUCAAAAUAAAGAAUGUAAUUUACAUACUGCAGAUGGUUUAUGUAUACCUGUAAGACGAUCGAACUUUCGGUUCGACACUAUAAGUAAUAAUAUUAGAAAAAUAAUGUCAGUGAAUACAGAAAAAGAUGAAAAUAAACAACAGCGAUCAAUACUUGCUGUAACAUCUGCUAUAGGAACACUUACACAACAAUUAAAUCGUAAUAUUGUAUCGUUAAAAAUGGAAUACCAAGAUAAUAAAGAUUUGUGUAAAAUUUUCAGACGAACAUAUGCCGAUUACAAAGAUAUAAUUGAAGGUAAUGAUAUAGUAGAUAAUAAAACAUCUAAAGGUUUUCAAUGUUUAUUGAAGGAAACAAAGAAACACCUUACAGAACCUAAUACUGCUUCGUCGUUACUUGACCAACAUUUUAAAAAAACAGUAGAAGAACAAUUAGAUCUACAUUAUAUCGAUUCUGGUGAUGAUAAAAAAUCAAAAUGCAACUUAGAUGAUAUUGCUUAUACGGGAAAACCUCAAUGUUUACGUUUUUUGGAAGAAUGGUUUGAGGAUUACUCAAAAGAAAAGGAGCGGUUCGAAAAAAGUAUAAACGAAAUAUGUAUUGAAGGAAAAACCAAAGAAGUGAUAUUAUUUAGUGGAAUAAAAUACAAAAUACCUUGUGAGAAAUACUGUAAAGAGUAUCAGAACAUAUUGAAUAAGGGAAAAAUGUGUUAUAAUAAAUAUAUUACUGAAUGUAAAAAAAAUUUGGAAAAGCACUCAAAAUAUAGAGAUGAAACGUUAUAUCAAGCAGAAGUGGAAAGAAUUCAAAGAGAAACAAAAGAGAAAUAUAAAUGUAGUGACGAUGAUUGUGGAAAAGAUGGAAAGAAAACAUUAGAUGCAUUUUUUAACGCUAAAAAACUUUCUACAAAUAAAAUAUAUUGUUGUGGAUGUAUUAAUAAUACUACAGAUAUAUACAAGGUAUUUGGAAAUAAUGAUAAUGAAUCUAGUUAUAUUGAUGCUAUGUUAAAUAAAUUAAGUAUAUGUGCACCAAGAGAUAUCACAUUAGAUGAAGUUAAAGACGGUAAAAUCAUGAGUAAGGGACAAUUCACAGAUAUAUGUAGUAUAAAUUAUGGUAAUUCUAAUUUGUCAGGUACAGGAACAUGUAGUAGUAUUCCAUGUAAUCGAUAUUACCUAAAAGAAAAAUAUUGGAUAUGUGAUUCUACAAAAAAUAAUUCCGAAGCGUAUUUAAAAAAUGAAUGGAGUGAUGCAGCAAAAAGUGCCUGUUUACCUCCAAGAACACAAAGGUUAUGUCUAGGAAGAAUAUAUUCUAAUAAAUGCACAAUAGAUAAUAUUGAAAAUAUUGAUACUAAUGAUAAAUUAUUGACUGAAUUAAUUAUUGCAGCAAAAUAUGAAGGUACACAAUUACGUAACAAAUAUAUAACUCAUGAUACAAAUAAUAAUAGAAAUAUGGAUGAAAAAAUAAAAAGAUUAUGCAAUGCUGCAAAAUAUAGUUUUGCAGAUCUAGGAGAUAUAGUAAAAGGAACAAGUAUAUGGGAAAAUAAUGAUAUGCGUUCAAUGGAAAAAAAUUUAAGAAUAAUAUUUGGGAAAAUAUAUCAGAAUAUAGGUGCAUGGAAUCAAGACAAAUAUAAAGAUACAGAUAAAGAUGGAACAUAUAAGAAAUUGCGUGAAGUGUGGUGGAACACUAAUAGAGAAUAUAUAUGGAAAGCGUUAGUUUGUGGUAUCAACAGUUUGUCUGUAAAUAACCAGAUUUCAUGUAUAUCAGAGGAAGAACCACCAAAUAUCGAUUAUAUGCCACAAUUUUUACGGUGGCUAACCGAAUGGACGAGCGAAUUCUGUGAAAAACGUACUAAAAUGUUGAAUGUUUUAGAUAAAAAAUGUGAAUUAUGUAAAGAUGUAAUAGAUGGGGGAUAUUGUGUACGUGGAAAAUGUACGUCUAAUGAAUGUCAAGAUAAAUGCCAAGAAUAUACAAAAUGGAUAAAAGGGGAAUAUAUUACAUUCUUGAAGCAGAAAAACAAAUUUCAAAAUGUUAUAAAAAAGGAUAAAGUAUACAAACAAUUUGGAAAAAAUGAUAAUAUAUCUUCAUUUUUAUCAGACCAAUUAAAAAAAGGAACAUGUAAUGGUAUACAUAAAUUUGAUAACAAUGAUGCAUUUAGGAAGGUUCCACAUGAUUGCAAUUGUAAUACAAGUUUAGGAAGUGUUGAUCCUAAUGAUAAUAAAUGUAUAAAUCCAAAAUCACCAAACGUUUGUGGUGAAAUCAAUAGCAGAGUAAUUGACGAUCCCAUGUCUAGUGCAAAAUGUUCAGGAAUGGAGUCAGACAAGGACAUGAAAUGGAGAAAUAAUAAUACUCCUGACGGAGAUAAUGUUGAAGGACGAAUUUUUAAACCAUACAAAAAUAUACCUAAAGGUGUUGAAAUUUCUCCCAGAAGAUAUAAUUUAUGUAUGGCAAAAUUAAAUGAAUUGGCAAAAGACGAACGUAAAUGGAAAGAAGAGGAAUUAAAACAAGCACUUUUACAGGAUGCUGCGAACGAAUCUUAUAAUAUAUCGAAAUAUUUAAAAUCUGGAGCUCACGAACAAUAUAAGGUAGCUGCUAACAAUGCUUUGAAAUAUAGUUUUUUAGAUUAUAAAAAUAUAAUUGAAGGAACCGAUCUGAUAGAAAAUCAUAUCGAUAAUGGAAUAAAUAAUAUGCUAAACAAAAUUAUUGGAAAAAAUGGAGAUCCUACUGGAAAUCGAAAAACUUGGUGGAAUAAAAAUAAAGAUUGUGUCCGUCAAGCAAUGUUGUGCGGUUAUCAGGAAGGGCAUAAGGAUAGUGGUCCUCCAAACGAUCAAUUAUUACCCUAUGAUGUUGAUACACCACAAUUUCUAUAUUGGGUACAAGAAUGGUAUGAAGAUUUUUGUAGUAAAAGAAAACAAAUGAAUAAAAGUGUUGAAAAAGUAUGCAAGGAUAAUAAUAAAAAUAUUAUAAAUUAUGAAUGUAAUAAAUGUAUUGAAGAAUGUAAUAAAUAUAAAGAAUUUUUAGCUAUUAAAAAAGGUGAAUGGGAAAAUCAAAAAAAAUAUUAUGACCAACAUCAUAAGAGUGAAAACAAAAAAAGUCUUGAACAAUAUUUAAAAUCUAAAAGUCCUGGUUUGGAAGGAUGCAACAUAAAUUUGGACAAUUUGGAUUUUGAUAUCAUAUUUGCUAAAACAUAUGGAGAUAAUGAAUCGUACUGCGCAUGUGAAAAAUAUAAGCCGGAUAUAUAUAACAAACAUUCUAAUCAGGAUAAUUGUAAAGGACUUUUAGGCGUUCAUAAAACAGGUUUUAAUUGGAUGGAGACGGGGCAAUCUGAUUAUUUUCCAAAAUUAGUUAAGGGUGUUCAUACAUCUCCACGACGAAGAAGAUUGUGCAUACAAGAUUUAGAUAAGAUGGAACUAAUGAAUAAAAAUAUUAUUGACAAAAAAAAUAUUCUUCGAGAAAAACUUCUGGAACUCGCAGCUAUAGAAGGAUAUAAUAUAGGGAAAUAUUAUAAAGAAAAAACAAAUGAUACCAAUUCCACAAAAUAUACCUAUAGUGUAAAAGAGUGUAAUGCACUUAAAUAUAGUUUUUAUGAUUUUAAAAAUAUAAUUGUAGGUACAGAUUUCUUAGAACGAAAAUGGAAGGAUAUUGAAUUAACGGAAACCGAAAAAAAAUUACACAUUGUUUUCAGUACUAAGAACAAACCUAACAACAUAGAUACAGAAAACAUGGCAAAAAAUAGAACUGAGUUUUGGGAUAAAAAUAAAAAAUGUUUUUGGAAUGCUAUGUUAUGUGGGUACAAAAAAGGAAUAGAUGAAGAUAAUUUACCUGAUGGUUGUAAUCCAUAUAAAUUCUCUUCCGAGGAAAAUACACCUCAAUUUUUGCUAUGGUUAAACGAAUGGUCCGAAGAUUUUUAUCAACAACGACAAAAACAAAUUGAAGAAUUGAGAAAUACGUGCGAAGAAUGCAGAAUGAACAGUGACCAAAACGAACCUAAUCAUACACAAAAAUGUAAACCUAAAAAUGAAUGCAAAACAUGUCAAGUAAAAUGUACACAAUAUAAAGAAUGGAUAGAAAAAUGGAAAGAUCAAUGGGGACAUUUAAAAAAAUAUUAUGAUGAAAAAAAUAAAGAUAGUACAUUUAAAAAUUAUGUUACGACUGAUGAUCUUUCUCAGUAUGUUGUAAAAAAAUUGAAAGAUAUAGGAUGUAGUAAUAUUAACUCUUUUGAUGAAAAUGAUGCAUUUGUAAAAUAUCCCACUGGAUUUCAAAAGGUAUGUUCUUGUCAACCUACGGAAACUACCUCAUCAGAUCCUACCAAUCACGAAAAUAAUUGUGAUGACAAUUUUAAAUCUCAGUGGAAUUGCGACGACAGAACUAGACCUACCAUAAAUACAAAGAUGUGUAUUAGGGAAAAUGAUAGUACAGCUAGUAAUAGUGGUAGUGAUGGUGAUAUGUUAUUCUUUAAUAGUUUUACACAAUGGUUAGAUGAAAUGUCGUAUAAUAUGAAGGAAAAUACUAAUAUCUUAUCCCAAACAUGUAAUAGAAAAAUUAUUGGGGGAAACGUUAAAGGAAAAUGUAAAGAAUGUCAAAAAAACUGUAAAUGUUAUGAAGAAUGGAAAAAAAAAAUCGAGGAUCAAUGGAAAAAACAAAAAACAUAUUUUGAUAAAGAAAAGAAAAAACCAGACAGUACAAUGAGUGGUAUUGAACUUAACGAAUUUUUACACGCAUAUUGUUGGACAAAAGAUGAAAAUCGCAAAGAAAACGAAUGUUCCCCAAGGGAUACACAAAGCACUAUUAUUGAUGAAAAAUUAGAAGAGACGGAUAUAAAUAAUAAGAAUGUAUGCGGUAUAUGUCCUGAUGAAGAUACAAAAAACAAAGAUAGGGCAGAAGAAAAUUGUGAUGAUACUAAAUUCGUCAUUUCAGGUGCAACUUGUCAGGUUAAAAAAUAUGAUAAUAUAGAAAAUGGUGGAAAAAAUAAUAAAGAUUGGAAAGAAGCAACAAAUGGUGAUACAAAAAUUGAUAAUAUUUAUGUCCCACCACGAAGACAACAGUUAUGUAUAUCAUAUCUUUCAAAAAAUAAUAAUAUUGAUAUUGAAGAAAAUUUGAAAAAAUAUUUAAAAACCUCUAUUAUGAAUGAAAUAAAACGAUUACUGGAAUACUACAAACCAAAAAAAGCGAAUGCUAAACCUGUAAAUAGCGAUAAUAACAAAAUAGACGAAAAUGGCUUACCUAUGGGAUUUUGUAAAGCUGUGGAACGAAGUUUUGCCGAUAUAGGAGAUUUCGUUAAAGGUACAAAUUUGGAUUAUGAAGGAAACCAUUCUCCAAAAGUUAAAACCUUAUUAGAUGCAUUUUUUAAGGGAAAAAAUGAAAUAUAUCGUAGAAAUUGGUGGGAACAAAAUAAACGACAAUUGUGGAAAGCAGUGAAAUGUGGGAUAAAAGAGGCAAAAAGUGGUAACAAUGGUUUGGAUUGCCCUCAAAAUAUUGAUUUUGAUCGUCGCGACCAGUUUUUAAGAUGGUUCGAGGAAUGGGGAGAAUACAUAUGCAUAGAACAUACAAAAAAUUUAAAGGAGUUGUUGAGUGAGUGUAGUAAUUGUGAGAAUGGUAUAUAUUGUGGUAAUAAUAGUGCUUCUGGUAGUAGAGGCACAAAAACAUGUGAUAGCGGAAAAUGUACAACUGCUUGUGGAAAAUAUAAAGCAUGGAUAAAAAAACGACGAGAUCAAUGGACAAAAUUGUCAACGAAAUAUAAUGAAGAAAAAUCACAAUAUAAUGAUGAUGAUGAGGCAACGUUUUGGGCAAAACAUAUGAUUCCAUCUAUAUAUUUGAAAUUUUUUAAUAUUGAUACAUGUUCUAAAACGUUCUUUAACAAACUUUUUUAUAAGGAUUUCGAUUAUGGAGAUCAACAGAAAUUAUGCGAAUGCGAUAAAAAGAAACAUAAAAUGCAAAACCCUGAUGAAACCGAUAUACCUGCACCGGAUGAUAUAACAUCUAAACCUUGUGACGUUAAAAAUGAGAUAUCUAGUUGUCAUGAAAAAAAAUUUGACGAUGUGCUAUGGACAUCACGAUAUAUAAGACCACAAAAAGACGGAAGUCCUAUGUUUGGUGUAUACGCCCCUCCUCGACGUCAAAAACUAUGUGUUGGAAACAUAUGGCAACAUGCAACCGACAGAGCCACUUUAUUGAACGAAUUGAUGCUUGCAGCAAAAAAGGAAGGAGAAUUUCUAAAGAAAUAUUAUGAUCAAAAAAGUGGAAGUAAAGGUAGUAGUGGCAAUAAUUCCGCCGAAUUGUGUAAAGCUAUCACACGAAGUUUUUAUGAUUUGAGAGAUAUAAUUAAAGGUAUUGAUUUGAGAAGAGGAGAGAUAGUUACGGCAACGGAAAAAAAAAUACACGAAAUAUUUAAAAAAGAACUCAAUGGUAGUAGUAGUGGCAGUACACCUAGUGAAGAAAAAAUAUUGGAAGAACGCAAAACAUGGUGGAAUCAAAAUAAAGAAAAUGUUUGGAAAGCUAUGACUUGUGACCAAACAUGUGGUACCCCUUCCCCUAGUGAUACCACUCCACAAUUUUUACGUUGGUAUGAAGAAUGGUACGAAGAUUUUUGUAAAAACCGACAAAAAUUAUUAGGUAAUAUACAAACAGCAUGUAGUGGGAAAAAAGCCACUGAACCAUGUACAGAUAAUAAAGAAUGUGAAACUGCUUGCUCAAAAUAUAGUAAUUGGCUCGCACCUAAACAAUUUGAGUGGAGAGCACAAACACAAAAUUACCAAAGGAAAAAACUUAAUGAACAUCAGCAAGAACCUGAGUUCCAAAAUGUUACAAAAGGUAAAAAUAAACUAGAAGAGUAUUUAGAAGACAUGUAUGGUAGUAAUAAUGGUUCAUGUAAGGAUUUGCAUGUACAAAAAAUGGACGAAAUUGUUGUAAAAAAUGAUAAGGAAUAUAAAGAAAUGUACGAACCGUUAUGUAGUAGAUGUCGAAUGAAAAAACUAAUUGAUAAAGUAAAUGAAAAAAAAAAAAAAAAAAAUAAAACUCCUCCUUCCCCUGCUUCAACUAUAGAAAAUAUAUGUAAAAAUGGAAAUGGUGUGAAUUGUAAAAACGUGACGAAUACCGGUCUAAUAAAGGUUCCUUUUAAUCCUCAUGACAAAGAUCCAAAAAAAAAUAAAGAAAACGAUACUAUAGAUUGUGGAGGUAUACCUAGUGAUACCAAUGAUAUUGAAUGGGUAGGAAAGGAUCAUUAUAAGUGGUUACCGAAUUUGGACAAAAAUAUCUAUGUUUCACCUCGACGACGAAAACUAUGUUCUCAUGGUCUAGAUAAAUUAAACAUUGUCGGUGAACUAAAAACACAGUUACUAAAAGUUGCAGCAAACGAUGCAUAUAAUGUAGGUAUUAAAUAUAAUAACUAUAAAAACCAUUAUGGAGUAAAACCUUGUAGAGCGUUACAAUAUAGUUUUAAUGAUUAUAAACAUAUAAUUCUAGGUACGGAUAAUUUAGAACCUCCAAAUAAUGGGACAGAAACAAAUAUGAAAAAACUAUUUGCAGCUGCGCAUGGUGACAAAGCAAAUGCCGGCCAACCUGAUAGUCCGCAACGUCAAAAAUGGUGGAAAGAAAACAAAAAAUGCGUUUGGGACGUUAUGGUUUGUGGUUACAAAAAAGGAAAAGAAGAAGCAAACAAAAAUAACCACACUGGAAAUAAUAUCCCAGAAUUAACUACAGAAGAAGGAGGAGGUACUAAUGGUAAAUGUGAAAUUCCAGAUGAUGUAGAUAAUUCGGACCAGUUUUUAUCUUGGUUGCGCGAAUGGUACGAAGAUUUUUGUCAUAUACGAACGAAAUUGAAAGCAGAGGUGGAAAACUCUUGUAAUAUUGAAAAAGACACUUUUAACUGUAAAAAAUGCAAUGAAGCAUGCAAAAAAUAUCAAGAGUAUAUGAAAAAUAAAGGAACACAAUGGAAAGGGCAAGAAAUAUAUUAUAGUGAACAACACAAAAAAUCAAGGGCAACCGGAAGAGGAUAUAGUGAAAAAGAUUCUAAGGAUUACAUGAUAGAUAAAUUUAAUAAUAUUGGUAGUUGUAGUGAUACAGAAGUAAAAACAAAUAUAGAAAUGUUAAAUACACAGCCCUAUUAUGAUGUAGACUCACAUUGCAGGUGCAAAAAUUUUAUUGAAGAUAAUAAAUAUAAAGAAAUUUCGGGUAAAAAUAAUUGCAAGGGGCUAAAAAUGGUCGCAGAAGAUACAACUACAGGAGCUGGGAUUAAAUGGAAACACUAUGAUGGGAAAAAAGAAAAUAACUAUUUGAAGCAUUUGCCUCAGGAAGUGCAUUUCUCUUCACGUAGAGAAAAUAUUUGUUUUAAAGAUCUUGACAACACAUGGAAUAAUGUUAAGAGUAAAGAGGAAUUGAGAAAACAAUUGAUGAAAGUUGCAGCAACUGAAGGGUACAAUUUAGGUGAAUAUUAUAAAGAAAAGAAAGAAAACGAAAAUGAUGAACAAAAAUCAAAAAAAUAUUCUUAUGAUGUAGCACCAUGUAAUGCUAUGAAUUAUAGUUUUUAUGAUUUCAGAGAUAUAAUUCUGGGAUAUGAUAACUUAGAACCACCAUCAAAUGGAACAGAAAAAAAUUUGAAAAAUAUAUUUGGAGGUAUCACAGGUGGUGGCCAACCUGGUAGUGAGGAUCGCAAAAAGUGGUGGGAAUCCAAUAAAGAAUGUGUAUGGGAUUCUAUGAAAUGUGGUUACAAAAAGGGAUAUGGUACAGACAUACAAAAUUGUGAUAAAAUACCUGAAGAUAAACAUAUAGGAAUAAAUAGAGAAGACGGCACGAAUUUCCAGUUUUUACGAUGGUUCACUGAAUGGGGAGAAGAUUUUUGCAAGAAAAAAAAGAAGAAGGAGGCCAAAUUGGUACAGGAGUGUAGUGGUUAUGAGUGUACAAAUAAUAAUGGAAACAAAGAACAAUGUAAAAAUGCAUGUGAUAAAUACAAACAAUUUAUUGAGGAAUGGAAACCUCAAUAUUUAAAACAAAGCGAAAAAUAUUAUAAGGAUAGAUCAAACAAUAAGUAUGAAGGUAAUCAUUCUGUUAAAGAUGAUGUUAAUUCUUCACCACAAGCUUAUGAAUAUUUAGAAAAAACGUUAAGUAAAAUUUGCAAAAAUGGUGAUUGUAAAUGUAUGAAUGAAGAAUCGAAGACUACUUCCUCAAAACAUUCACAAAUUGGUACGGGUGUCAUUAAAGAUGAAAAACAUGAUGAUCAUAUGCCCGAAUCAUUAGAUCCACUACCAAGUGGGUACGAUAGGAUAUGUGAUUGUGCUAAUCCUGACACUAAACCUACACCUGCACCUUCUCCUGGAGGAGGUAUUAGUGGUGGUGGUAGUAGUGCAGGUACCAAACCUGAUGGAACACCACAACCCCAACCACAACCAUCUAUGCCUUCACCAUCAGGAAAGAAGUAUGAUGAAGAAAACGGAAAGAAGCAAGUUUCACAGGAAGAGAAAAAAUAUAUUCCUACACCUAAACAUAUUUUAAAUUGUGUGGAUGAAGCAGCAUACUAUGUAGGGAAAGAGACAGAAAAUGAUUUAGAUGAUGUAAAAAGUAAAUUGAAGGGAUCAGAAAAGCACGGUAUAUAUACAUCACAACAAGAUGGUUGGAAUAACGGUAGUAGUUGUAAAAUCAUUGACACUAAUACAUGGAAAAAUGAUACGUGUGAUGUAAACGGAAAUCCUUUUGAUACAAAAGAAUGGGAAUGUAACAAAAAAGAAAUUAAUGUGGGAAACCAAGAUAUAUGUCUGCCUCCUAGAAGACAUUAUAUGUGUACAACAAAAUUAGAAAAUUUAGAUACAUCAAAAACAACUUUAGAAGAACUGUUCAAAAAAGUUUUACUUACUGCAGCAAAUGAAGGAAAACAUUUAAAAGACAAAUGGGAAAAAACUGAAGGUAGUCAAAAAAAAGGUGGAAGAAUCAAAAUAAAAAGGCAUGAAUUAUGUGAUGCUAUGAAGUACAGUUUUGCCGACAUUGGUGACAUUAUCCGUGGGAAAGACAUAUGGAGUAAAAAUGAGGAUAUGUCUAGGUUGGAACAACACUUGGAAAAAAUAUUUGAGAAAAUACAACAAAAUCUUCCUAGUGGUAACAAAUAUGCUAGUGGUAAAGAUGAAACCCCUAAAUACUCGAAAUUACGUUCGCACUGGUGGACUGCUAACCGCGAUCAAGUAUGGAAAGCUAUGACAUGUUCUGCGGCAGAUGAAUUUCAAGUCUUUAAAAAACUCAAAGGUGAAGCAUCCAACCCAUUAACUCAAAUAGUAAAUAGAUGUGGACAUGAGAACGAUCCUCCUUACGAUGAUUAUAUUCCUCAAAGGUUUCGUUGGAUAAAAGAAUGGAGUGAAAAUUAUUGCAAUACUCGAAAAAAACAUUUGGACGAUUUGAAAAAAGAAUGUGGGGAUUGCUAUAGGAACGAUACUGCAUGUUUAAAGAACAAAAACGCGAAAUUUUGUUCAAAGUGUCAGGAACAAUGUGAAUCGUAUACUGAAAUGGUAGAAAAAUGGAAAACUCAAUGGAAGGAACAAGAAGAAACUUAUAAUAAAUUAUAUUUUAACAGAAAACUCGAUAAAAAUUAUGAUGAAAAUCAUAAAAUGUUUAUUGAAAAAAUGAAUGAAAAAUGCAAAUCUCAUGCCAUAAGUGCAGAUAUAUUUAUUGAAGAAGCUAGUAAUUGUACAAAUAUUACAUUUGAACAACCAAAACCUAAUCCACCAGGUCAAUCUGUUAGUACAGCUUCAUCAUAUGCAUUUGAAUUGCCACCUAAAGGAUAUGAUGUUCUUUGUGGUACAAGCUAUAGAAAAUCAUGUUUGAAAUUAAAAAGAUCAAUCCAUAAUAGUACAUGUUGUAAAAAGAAUAAUCUAUGUGGAAGUGAAGCUAUGUGGAAAAAAAUUCCUCGUCAUAAUAUUUAUGUACCACCACGAACGCAACAAUUAUGUUUAAAACCAACAGAAACUUCGGAAAUAACAAAGACAACAAAACAUAAUAUUGCACAAUAUUUAUUUUCUAAAGAAAUGCAGGAAUCGGCAUACAAUGAAGCAAAAUUACUUUAUGAAUACUAUUCAAGAGACGGUAAAGAAAACAUAUAUUCAAAGAAUGGAGCAAUAACGGACGAGGAAAUUAAAAAACAUACACUUGAAGCAAUGAAAAGAAGUUAUGCGGAUUAUGGUGAUUUAAUCAAAGGAACAACAAAAUAUCAUCAUAAUGGUAUGAAUUCUAAAAUAAAUAUACUAUCAAGAACAUUGGGAUAUGUAGGAUCCCCAAAAAAAACACGUGUACAUUUAUGGAAUAAACAUAAAUCCGAUAUUUGGCAUGCUAUGAUAUGUGGAUAUAAUGAUGCAAAUCCAAAUAAUUUACUUGAUAAUGAAGAUAUAAUGUGCAAAUUGCCUGAUUCUGAUACUGAAGAGGAAUUUUUACGUUGGUUUACUGAAUGGACAGAAGAUUUUUGUUCUCAAUAUGAGAAAAACAUAAAUCUAUUAAAUGCAAAAUGCUCUUCUAAUAAUUGUGAUAAAGCUGAUAAUAACUUAAUCGAAUGUCAAGAAAUCUGUUCUAAACAUAAAGCAUGGAUUAUCCAAAAAAAAGAAGAAUACUACAAUCAGAAGCAUAGAUAUAAUAUUGAAUACAAAUCAGUAAAUGGAGAAAAAGGAAAUACUUUUGAAUUUCUCAAAAAUAAAUGUAAACAAAAAUGUGGAUGUAUAAGUGGAAAGGCAAAUAAUAAUGAUAUCGAUAAAGUUUUUGAGGAAUAUCCUGAAGAACAUAAAACGAAAUGUCAAUGUUCACCUGAUCCAUUGAAUAAAUGUCCCCUUCAUAAUACAAAUAAUGCAAUUUGUAAACGUUUUGAAGGUGUUGAUCAUUGUUCUAAGUCCACAUAUGAUAACACACCUUCUCAAUGGGGUAAUGCACUUAUAAAAUAUAAUAGUGGUCAUAAUGAAGGUGUGUUACUUCCUCCUAGAAGAAGACAUUUAUGUUUAGAACCUUUUAGAGGAAAAACGUAUAAAAAUAAACAAGAGGAUGUUUUUAAAAAGGAUUUACUGGAUGCUGUUUUUAGUGAAGGAAUAUUAUUAGGAAAGAAAUAUCCUAAUGAUAAUAAUCAAGCAUUACAAGCAAUGAAAUAUAGUUUUGCUGAUUAUGGGGAUAUAAUUAAGGGUACGGAUAUGGUCGAUAUUACGACAUCUACAAGUAUAAAAACAGAAUUACAAAAUAUACUUAAAAAACAACAAAGUACUGCACAAAAAAGUAGUAGCUCUAUUCUACCUAAAGAUGUUAAUGAAUGGUGGAAACAAAAUAAAACACACGUAUGGCAUGCUAUGUUAUGUGGGUACAAAGACGCUGGAGGUUCAAUUACAAAAGAAGAUUGUGACUUACCUGAUGAUACUAUACCUCAAUUUUUGAGAUGGUUAACUGAAUGGGGAAGACAAGCAUGUCAGGAAAAAAUAAAAAAUGCACGACAUGUAAAGAAUGAAUGUGCAAAAUAUAUUCAUUAUAAAGAUACAUAUAAAGAUAAAGGAAAGGAAAAUGAUCUUGCUAAAAAUCAAUGUAAGGAUGCAACAGACAAAUACGAACAAUGGAUUAAAGAUAAAAGUAACGUAUGGGAAGGAUUGAACAAAAAAUAUGAAAAAGAUAAAAAUAACUUUGGUAAUGGUUAUUCUCCAACAACGGCCAGACGUUACCUGAAGAGAAAUUGUCCUGAAUGUACUUGCGCAUUUGAACAUUUGGAAGAUAAGCUUCAAUUAAAUACACAAUCAGAUGAUGAUUCAAUAAAUAAAUCAAUUAAUAGAGCAAAAAUGGAUUUACCUGAUGGAGGGUGGGGUAUUUAUUUGGAUGAUUGGAAAUCUCCUACAUGGAAUACAUUACAAUGGCCACCUAUUGCUUUUCCUGAAAUUUCAUGGAAAUGGAUUCCUUCAAUUGAGACAGUUCUUCAAAAUGUAUCAGAUCAAAUAACCAAAGGUGCAGAAUCCCUUGAAACUGUAAUAUCUACUGUUAAAUAUUCUAGUAAAAAAACUAUAGAAGAUGCUAAAACUGUUCUGGAUAAAGCACAUGAAAUAGGAAAGUUAAUAAUAGAUAUACUCGAGAAUAUACAAGAAAAAGAACAUACACCCAAAACAAAACCCACAGAACCUCCUCCACCAGGAACACCCCCACAAAAUGAUCAAUCAGAUAUCACCAAUAACAUAUUAUCUUCCACUGUCCCCGUUGGAAUAAGUUUUGCCCUAGGUUCCAUAGCUUUACUAUUUUACCUCAAGAAAAAACCCAAAUAUUCUCCUGUGGAUUUGGUGCGUGUAAUUGAUAUACCCCAAAACGAUUAUGGAAUCCCUGAUAAAACAUCGACAAAUAGAUACAUACCUUAUAGUCGUUAUAAAGGAAAAACAUAUAUAUAUGUUGAAGGAGAAGAAACGGACGAUUAUGUACGUGAUAUGUCUUCUUCUGAUAUAACUUCAUCUUCUGAAAGUGAAUAUGAAGAGAUAGAUAUAAAUGAUAUAUAUGGGUAUAAAUCUCCAAAAUAUAAAACUUUGAUCGAAGUAGUACUAAAACCAACUAAAAGUGGUGAAACAUCAAAUAGUGGUGAUAUACCCAUCAAUAAACUCACUGAUGAAGAAUGGAAUGAAUUAAAACAGGAUUUUAUUUCCCAAUAUUUACAAAAUAUACCAAAGGAUUUACCUAAUAAAAAUAUUAUUGAUUAUAAUAUGUAUAUGGAACCUAAUAUUAUACCCGACAAUAUGGAAGAAAAACCUUUUAUUACAUCUAUUCAAGAUAGAAAAUUAUAUAGUGAUGAUAAUGAAAUUAUAUAUAAUAUUAAUUGGAAUAUACCAAAAAAUAUUACAACUAAUACUGCGACAUAUAAUAGUUUAUAUAGUGGUAUAGAUCUAAUUAAUGAUUCGCUAAAUAAUGAUCAACAUAUUGAUAUAUAUGAUGAGUUGUUAAAAAGAAAAGAAAACGAAUUAUUUGGAACAAAUCAUACGAAAAAAACAAAUACCAAUAGUUUUGCCAAAAAAACAAAUAGCGAUCCUGUACUCAACCAACUAGAUUUGUUUGAUAAAUGGUUAGAUAGACAUAGAGAUAUGUGUAACGAAUGGAAUAAUAAAGAAGAAAUGUUACAUAAAUUAAAAGAUGUAUGGAAUAAAGAAAAUAACCAACAUAUAAUGAAUAUAUCAUCAACUCAUAAUGAUAUUAAUGAUGAAGAAACAUAUAAUGUAAUAAACACUCACGAAAGUAAUGAUAUAACAUUUCUUGAACAUCUUGCAUCAACAUAUAAUACAUCCAACGAUCUUCAAACAAACAAUUUACGUACAAAUAUUUAUAUGGAUAUACAUUAUAAUGAAAAUAAUGAUAUAAUAAACGAAGAGGAUCAGUUAGAAAAUUCGUACAAUUCUUCCUGA